AUGGUGGAGUACGCUCCAUUCCAUUUCUGCACUCUGCAGAAAUUGAUACUUGCCAAGUGGGAUGACCUGACUCACCGGAUCAGGUCUCAUAUGAUCUCCUGGUCUCCGGAGGUAGAACGUGUGUCUGAUAUUAAAUUAGAAGAUAUAGAGGAAGAAGAAGAGACGUAUGUGACUGAUAUAAAGGCAGAAGAUACAGAGGGAGAAGAGGAGAUGUAUCUAACUGUUAUAAAGGUAGAAGAUAUAGAGGGAGAAGAAGAGACGUAUCUGAGAGGUGAUCAGCAGUGUAAGGAGGAGGAAAUUCCUACAGAUAUCAGCACAGAUGGACACACAAGCAGGAAUAUCUCAGAAGGACAUCUAAUGUUAUCUCCGGAUUGUGACAUAAAAGAUAAUGACAGUAGACCGGAUUCUCCAGGAGAUAACCCCAUUACCCCCAUUAUACAUCCAGCUCUAUCAGCUGCUCCCUCUGAUCCUGGGAAAUGUUCUCCUGAUCACUCUGAUAUUGGUGCAUCUGUUACAGCUCUGACAGUAGAUACAGUGUUUCCGUGUUCUAUAGAUGCCAAAUGUUUUACACAGAACACAAAACUUAUUGCCCAUCAGCCAGCUAAUGCAGGGGAGAGGCCAUUUCCAUGUUCUGAGUGUGGGAAAUGUUUUACAUACAAAUCAGGUCUUGUCACACAUCAGAGAAGGCACACAGGUGAGAGGCCAUUUUCCUGCGCUGAGUGCGGGAAAUGUUUUAUCUGGAAAUCAGAACUUGUUACACAUCAGCAAAGUCACACAGGUGAGAAUCCAUUUCCAUGUUCUGAGUGUGGGAGAUGUUUUACAUACAAAUCACGUCUUGUAAAACAUAAGAGAAUACAUACCGGUGAGAAACCAUAUUCCUGUUUUGAGUGUGGGAAAUGUUUUACAUACAAAACAACUCUUGAUGCACAUAAGAGAAGUCACACAGGUACAUCACCAUUUCAAUGUCCUGAGUGUGGGAAAUAUUUUGUACAGAAAUCACAACUUGCUAGACAUCAGAGAAGUCACACAGGUGAGAGGCCAUUUCCAUGUUCUGACUGUGGAAAAUGUUUUGCACGGAAAUCACACCUUGUUACACAUCAGCAACGUCACACAGGUGAGAAGCCAUUUCCAUGUCCUGAGUGUGGGAAAUGGUUUGCACAGAAAUCAGAUCUUGUUAAACAUCAGAGAAAUCACACAGGUGAGAAGCCAUUUCCAUGUCCUGAGUGUGGGAAAUGUUUUACACGGAAAUCAGAUCUUGUUAUACAUAACAGAAGUCACACAGGGGAGAAUCCAAUUUCUUGCUCUGAGUGUGGCAAAUUGUUUGCACGGAAAUCAGAUCUUGUUAAACAUCAGAGAAGUCACACAGGUGAGAAGCCAUUUCCAUGUUCUGAGUGUGGGAAAUGUUUUGCAUACAAAUCAGAUCUUGUUAUUCAUCAGAGAAGUCACACAGGUGAGAAUCCAUUUCCAUGUUCUGAGUGUGGGAAAGGUUUUGCACACAAAUCAGCUCUUGUUAAACAUCAGAGAAGUCACACAGGUGAGAAGCCAUUUCCAUGUUCUGAGUGUGGGAAAUGUUUUGCACACAAAUCAAAUCUUGUUAAACAUCAGAGAAGUCACACAGGUGAGAAGCCAUUUUCUUGCUCUGAGUGCGCGAAAUGUUAUACUCAGAAAGCACAACUUGUUAUACAUCAGAGAAGUCACACAGGUGAGAGGCCAUUUUUUUGCUCUGAGUGUGGGAAAUGUUUUAUCCUGAAAUCACAACUUGUUACACAUCAGAGAAGUCACACAGGUGAGAAGCCAUUUCCAUGUUCUGAGUGUGGGAAAUGUUUUGCACACAAAUCAGAUCUUGUUAGUCAUAACAGAAGUCACACAGGGGAGAAUCCAAUUUCUUGCUCUGAGUGUGGGAAAUGUUUUACACGGAAAUCAGAUCUUGUUAAACAUCAGAGAAGUCACACAGGUGAGAAGCCAUUUCCAUGUUCUGAGUGUGAGAAAUGUUUUGCACUCAAAUCAACUCUUGUUAAACAUCAGAGAAGUCACACAGGUGAGAAGCCAUUUUCUUGCACCGAGUGUGGGAAAUGUUUUACACAGAAAUCACAUCUUGUUAGACAUCAGCAGUCACACGGUGAAAUAAUCAGGUGUCAUGCCCUCAUCUACCACUGCUAUGCAGGUGAUCUGUCUCUUGCUCUAGCAGAUGGACACACAAGCAGGAAUAUCUCAGAAGGUCAUUUAAUGUUAUCCCCGGAUUGUGACGUAAAAGAUUAUGACAGUAGACAGGAUUCCCCAGGAGAUAACCCCAUUACCCCAAUUAUUCAUCCAGCUCUAUCAGCUGAUCCCUCUGAUCCUGGGAAAUGUUCUCCUGAUCUCUCUGAUAUUGGUGCAUCUGUUACAGCUCUGACAGUAGAUACAGUGUUUCCCUGUUCUAUAGAUGCCAAAUGUUUUACACAGAACACAAAGCUUAUCACCCAUCAGGCAGCUAAGGCAGGUGAGAAGCCAUUUCCAUGUUCUGAAUGUGGGAAAUGUUUUACACAGAAAUCAUAUCUUGUUAAACAUCAGAAAAGUCACACAGGUGAGAAGCCAUUUUCUUGCUCUGAGUGCGGGAAAUGUGUUACACGAAAAUCACAACUUGUUGCACAUCUUAAAAGACACACAGGUGAGAGGCCAUUUCCAUGUUCUGAGUGUGGGAAAUCUUUUAUACAGAAAUCACAUCUUGUUAAACAUCAGCGAAGUCACACAGGUGAGAAUACAUUUCCAUGUUCUGAGUGUGGGAAAUGUUUUACACCCAAAUCGUGUCUUAUUAUACAUCAGAGAAGUCACACAGGUGAGAAGCCAUUUUCUUGCUCUGAGUGUGGGAAAUGUUUUACACGGAAAUCAAAUCUUGUUAAACAUCAGCAAAGUCACACAGGUGAGAAUACAUUUCCAUGUUCUGAGUGUGGGAAAUGUUUUACACAUAAAUCAUAUCUUAUUGAACAUCAGAGAAGUCACACAGGUGAGAGGCCAUUCCCAUGUUCUGAGUGUGUAAAAUGUUUUGGACACAAAGCAGAUCUUAUUAAACAUCAAAGAAGUCACACAGGUGAGAAGCCAUUUUCUUGCUCUGAGUGCGGGAAAUGUGUUACACGAAAAUCACAACUUGUUGCACAUCUUAAAAGACACACAGGUGAGAGGCCAUUUUCAUGUUCUGAGUGUGGGAAAUCUUUUAUACAGAAAUCACAUCUUGUUAAACAUCAGCGAAGUCACACAGGUGAGAAUACAUUUCCAUGUUCUGAGUGUGGGAAAUGUUUUACACCCAAAUCGUGUCUUAUUAUACAUCAGAGAAGUCACACAGGUGAGAAGCCAUUUUCUUGCUCUGAGUGUGGGAAAUGUUUUACACGGAAAUCAAAUCUUGUUAAACAUCAGCAAAGUCACACAGGUGAGAAUACAUUUCCAUGUUCUGAGUGUGGGAAAUGUUUUACACAUAAAUCAUAUCUUAUUGAACAUCAGAGAAGUCACACAGGUGAGAGGCCAUUCCCAUGUUCUGAGUGUGUAAAAUGUUUUGGACACAAAGCAGAUCUUAUUAAACAUCAGAGAAGUCACACAGGUGAGAAGCCAUUUUCUUGCUCUGAGUGCGGGAAAUGUGUUACACGAAAAUCACAACUUGUUGCACAUCUUAAAAGACACACAGGUGAGAGGCCAUUUCCAUGUUCAGAGUGUGGGAAAUCUUUUAUACAGAAAUCCCAUCUUGUUAAACAUCAGCGAAGUCACACAGGUGAGAAUACAUUUCCAUGUUCUGAGUGUGGGAAAUGUUUUACACCCAAAUCGUAUCUUGUUAUACAUCAGAGAAGUCACACAGGUGAGAAGCCAUUUCCAUGUUCUGAGUGUGGGAAAUGUUUUACACAGAAAUCGCAUCUUUUUAGACAUCAGAAAAGUCACAGGAGAGAAUCCAUUUUUUUGCUCUGAGUGCGGGAAAUGUUUUACACAUAAAUCAUAUCUUGUUAAACAUCAGCAAAGUCACACAGGUGAGAAUACAUUUCCAUGUUCUGAGUGUGGGAAAUGUUUUGCACAUAAAUCAUAUCUUAUUAAACAUCAGAGAAGUCACACAGGUGAGAAGCAAUUUCUAUGUUCUGAGUGUGGGAAAUGUUUUAAACAGAAAUCACAUCUGGUUAGACAUCAGAAAAGUCACACAUGUGAGAAUCCAUUUUCUUGCUCUGAGUGCGGGAAAUGUUUUACACAUAAAUCAUAUCUUGUUAUACAUCAGCGAACUCACACAGGUGAGAAUCCAUUUCCAUGUUCUGAGUGUGGAAAAUGUUUUGGACACAAAUCAGAUCUUAUUAAACAUUAUAGAAGUCACACAGGUGAGAAGCCAUUUUCUUGCUCUUAGUGGGAAAUGGUGUUUAAGUAAAUCACAUCUUGUUAUACAUCAGAGAAGUCACACUGAUGAGAGGCCAUUUCCAUACUCUGAGAAGUAAAUCAGCUCUUGUUGCACACAAUAGACAUCACUCAGGUGAGGAACCAUUUUAAUCUUCUGGAGUAUACUUAUCAUUGCCCUGUGUUGUUCUUCAAGGUUCUUAUCCUAUCUCCUAUGCUUUUUGCAAUAUACAUGCUACCGCAGGGUGAAAUAAUCAGAUGUCAUGCCCUCAUCUACUACUGCUAUACAGAUGACCUGUCUUUUGCUCCGGGUACUGAGAACCCAGUACCAAUCCUAAAUGGUUGUCUAGUUGAGCUCCAGGUAUGGGUGAUGCCAGUUGACUGUGACUCAGUCCUGGUGAAACAUGUACAUAUGAUAGAAGCUCACCGUCAAAGGGCAGGGCUACAACUCAGCUUUGCAAACCAAUGCUUGGGGGUUCAGAGUUACAAAAUGCUGAUCCUGUGUGGAAUCUUGGUGUCCUGGAUUGUGGAGUGACACUUAGAUAUCAGGUAUCAGCCACAAUCAGAUCCUCAUCCGAAGAACAUAGCCAGACUCCAGCACUUAUUUCCCUCAGAAGAUCUACCUACAGUCAUACAUGUACUUGUAUCAUCACGCAUAGACUACUGCAAUGUCCUCUACCUGGGUCUCCCAGCAAAAUAAUUGCACCGUUUGUGGCUUGUACUGAAUGUAGCAGCCAGGCUGUUACCUAACCAGCCCGUUCCUGCCACAUAACACCCAUUCUCUGCUCCCUUCACCGGCUGCCUGUAAGAUGGUGACUCUAUUACAUAAUCUUACUGACUCAGCCCACCAUGACCAGGGUCCAUGGUACCAGAAGCAGCUUCUGCCUCUUUACUGCCCUGCUUUCUAACUUCCACCUGCAGAUGUAGGACUUAACGGUACUACCAAGAAUCCCCAAGCAGUGCUGAGAUGUCAGGGGGGAGACAG